AUGUCGGCUGUGGAAGUCGCUAUUGAAGGAAGUUGCUGCAGUCUAGAGCCGGAGGUUUGGAGACAACAACUCGAACAGUCUGUAUACUGUGAGUCCGAAACCCGGUGUAACGGUGUAGAAGAUGACAUGCAAGAUGUUGGAGCGAACCCGGAAAAAAUCAAAAGCACUACCCAAGAUUUAUUUGAACUACUCGAAAGGGUGCAGAGUUCGCGUCUCGAUGAUCAACGAUGUGUUCUUCCACCGUACUUCUCCCAGACCUCAAGGGAGGAAAGACCAGCAUCGACUCCUGAAAGUCAGAACAGCCACACACCCCUACCGUCCCCGUCAGCGGUGGGAGAUGCACCUGUUGGCAGAGCACUCAUGGAGACUGCGCUGCGGCAGGCCACUUCCGGAUCUCAGCCACCUUUGGUGGUGACACCGCCAGGAUACUGGAUCGACGGUACCGAUCAUCUGCACGCUCUGGACUCAGUUGGCAGGGCGUUACUACCGGCGCAGCCUGCCUGGCAACCUAGGAUAGACCAAGACGAUACAGCCAAGUGUUACAGACGAUUUUUCGUUGGCAGGGAGCAUGUCAGCCUGGUGGGAAGGGACGCAGAGAACGGGCCGAUCCUCGUCUCGAUGAAGGCCGAAACGGUCGCUGGACAGGAGCACUGGCGGGUCUUGUUGCGACUGCGAACGGGCUCGACCCACGAAUUAGUACCAGCCGCAAACCUCAGCCCGAAUCCAUCGCCUGCUAAAAUGGUUAAGGUUAUCAAUGAAUCACUGAACGUGAGUACGCUGAUGCCUGUUGUUUGUUCCGGUGCUGGUGCACUGAUAGCGCGAUACGACGAACACGCCCUCGUGUCAAGGUUUAAAUUUGGCGUUCUUCAUCAACGUGCUGGCCAAAUUACAGAGGAACAACUUUUCGGGAAUCAGCAAAUUACGCCAGCUUUCCAGGAGUUUCUGGACCUACUGGGUCAAACAAUCGAUUUGAAGGAUCAUAAGGGAUAUCGAGGAGGUUUGGACACCCGACACGGGCAGACGGGCGAUUCUGCGGUAUAUGAGGUAUUCCGAGGGCGAGAAGUGCUCUUCCAUGUCGCCUCACUUCUUCCAUACAGUCCAGGGGAUUCUCAACAACUGCAACGUAAAAGGCACAUCGGUAAUGACAUCGUCGCGAUAAUAUUCCAAGAGGAGCCAACACCUUUCAGUCCGGAUAUGAUUGCCAGCCACUUCUUACACGUAUUCAUUGUGGUACAAGUCGUCGACCCCUGCACUUCUAAUACGAGGUACAAAGUAAGUGUGACAGCGCGUAACGAUGUUCCUUGGUUCGGUCCAGCAUUACCAACGCCUGCUGUGUUUUUGCGUGGAGUCGAAUUUAAGGAAUUCCUUCUAACGAAGUUAGUAAAUGCUGAAAACGCGGCCUAUAAAGCUGAGAAGUUCUCAAAACUUGAGUUAAGGACGCGGUCAGCUCUUUUGGAGUCCUUGACAGAAGAGUUACAAGCGAAAACCGCAGAAUUUCUUGGAGGAGCAAUUGGAUUGGGUGGUGCUGGGUUGGGAUUUGGAGGAAAUUGCCCAGUAAGUCCUACAGCAAGUGACACAUCGGGAUCUGGCAGCGGAGGAAGUGGUUCUAGAUUCAUCGAGACUGUUCGAAAGGCGCUGAUAUCACGUGUUAGGAACGCAUCGACGGAGAGCGUGCCACAGCAAUUAUCAAAGAAGAGCCAGUCGGAACCUAGUCCACUGAGUAAUCGGCAAUCGACUACGAAGAAUAGUGGGAAGCGUUCGGUAGAACCAUCGAGUCCCUUGGGUUCUCCGGAUCUGACCCUCCGAAGAGAUUUGGAAUGCGGAAGCCCUAGUUUAGGAAGCCAGGACAGUAGUUUGUCCAACACAGACAAUCAAGAUAGCAGUUUAGCCACUAUACAGCAGGAUGAGGGUGAUCGUCGAGAAUCCACCGUGUCCAUUUGUGUCAACAAUGACAUAACGAUAAUGGAUAAUAGUUCUGUACAGUCUGUUCAGAGAUUGACGCAUGAGAACCUGCGGAAACAAAAAAGAUCGGAGAAGACCGAAACUACUCGACGUGUUAUUUCCGAAAGUGACGACAGUUCGUUAAACAGCGAAUUGGAACUCGAUCAGGUUGUAUAUCCUGACAGCGAUACUGGCCUCGAAUCGAUGAGUUCUGCAGAAACUCAUGACACCGCACGAUGUACCACUAAGGAUGGUGUAUUGGAAAAUGAAAACUUGAGGAUGGAAGUUACAAGGCUCAAGUGCGACAAGUUAGACCUACUAAGGCAGAAUGUGACUUGUCAACGCGACAUAAAACGUCUACGUGAAAAGGAACUCCAAUUGGAAUCGGACCUUGCAGCUGCCUCAAAGGAAAUUCUACGAUUACGAGCGAUGCUAAAAGAAUGUUCGACGAGUAUUCCAUUGGACAACAAUAACCAGCAAACGUCUACCGUUUAA